UAUUUGCUGAUGACAGCUCUCUGAACUUACACACAUUGUGAGAGUCCAAGUCUUCCUGAAGGAGACUUGGGAAGUUUGCUUGUUAAACUGGGAUCCAGCUUGUUUUGAGACAGAUAAAGGGGUCCAGAGACGUCAUCCGUCUGAGGAGGAAAGCAGCUUUUGAAUAACCGAAAAAGAGCUGGACGCUGAAAAGGACCCCUCUUCCUUAUGGAUCUGCCAGGCAUGAACCUAGACAUUCCAAACUACCUGGGAAGAGACUGGAGCUAUUUGGAAGUUUAGACAGCCUGGGAAGAAAAGUGGUGAAGUGGGUUGGCUCUGAACACACCCCUUUGCCUUCCCUCUCGAUUUCCUACCACCCCUCCCCCCAAGUGAAAUGUGGGGCUGGCCUUUCUCUGUCUGUAACCCCAUUGGCUGGUGAAGCGGCAAAGGGGGAUUUAAAAAAGGAGAAAGUGCUCCAAGGACUGGAGCCUGUGAGUGCUGAAGGUUUGGUUGCCCCCACUUUGGCUGGCACCAUGAAGUUCCCUCUAGUCCUCUGCCUGGUGUGCCCGCUGGUCCAGGUUGCCUUCCACUCUGUGCGAGGGUGGCAGGCCUUCAAGAAUGAUGCCACGGAAAUCAUCCCUGAGCUCAGUGAGCAACCUGAGCCUCCUCCCGACCUGUCGAACAGCAAUAACAAGACGAUGAACCAGGCGGAAAAUGGAGGGAGAUACCCACACCACCCUUUGGAGCCCAAAGACGCAUCGGACUACAGUUGCAGGGAGCUGCACUUCACCCGCUACAUCACCGACGGGCCCUGUCGCAGCGCCAAGCCAGUCAACGAGCUGGUGUGUUCCGGCCAGUGCGGGCCCGCACACCUGCAGCCCAACGCCAUCGGGCGCAAAUGGCUGUGGCGCCAAAGCGCAGCGGACUACCGCUGUAUCCCAGACCGCUACCGCACGCAGCGGAUCCAGCUGCUGUGCCCGGGUGGCGAGGAACCCCGGACUCACAAGAUCCGCGUGGUGGCCUCCUGCAAAUGUAAGCGCUACACCCGCUUCCACAACCAGUCGGAGCUCAAGGACUUUGGCAAGGAGGCCUCUCGGCCGCCCAAGAACAAGAAGCCCCGGCUGUCCCGUGUCCGGAGCGGCAAGUCCAAACAGCCCGAGCUGGAGAAUGCUUACUAGAACGUCCCUAAACCCUGUCCCAGGCCGCUUCUCCCUCCAAGACCUGCCAGCGCCGAGGUUGCCCCCCGACGGCGUCUGGGUCUUUUUUGUUUUGUUUUGUUUUGCCUGAAGCCCAAGGUAGGGUCUGUCUUCCCCAGAUCUCUGAGCCUGAACCUUCUAGCGAAGCAGACAGAUAGCCGGGCCACUGGGACGGGAGCCAGGUGGCGGGGAGGGGGCCUCCUGGCCUGCUUUUAACUGGCAGUUGGGUCUCUUCUCUUUUUAGGAAGCGGAGGGUAGGGCAAGUAGGAGCUACAGCCACUGAGACACUGCCUCCCCUUCUCCCUCUCUCCCCCAUCCGCCCCAUCACCUCCACACAGGAGUUCACGAAGGAGAGUCCCCAAAGUACCCCCAUCCCUUCCACUCAUUCGUUUUCCCUCCUAGGGUUAAAAGAGCCUUGGGGAAUAUUAAGCCCAGGACUUUUCGACCUCUGGUAUAUUUAUGUCCUACUGAUCAGAAAAGAAAGUGACGUGAGAUUAGUCCUCCUUUGCUUCCUGGUCCCGCUUCUAUUUGAAUACUUUUAAGGUGUAACAUCAGGUUGUCAAAAAGGAAAACUCCGCUUUUAAACUGGAAGGAGAAAUAUUGGACCAGAUGAUUUCGAAGGACAUAACCAGCUCUGCAAAUCUGAGCUAUGAGAUCAUCUCGCCCUCCCACCAAAAGCUAGGUCUGUUUGCUAGUGUUCAAGGCGGGUGGGGAGAUGGGUUUCUUUCACAGCCUGGCUUUCUAGUUCAGUUUUAAGAAAAAUUCCCCCCCACCCCGGGGGUGGUGUGAGGGUUGCAGAGUUAAUAUAGUUUGCAAAGCUUGUGAACUUUCAUUUUCAGCCACUGCUGAAUUGUCUGUAGGGCAAGGAGAUGGGCUACCUCCUCUCACAGAAAGCGAGUAAGAGAUUUAGAGCAAGCCCGGAGGGAGGGUAUUGGAGAGAAAGCAGCUAGAGACAUCCUGGCCCUCCUUCCCCAAAGGACCAUUCCAUCCCUGCCCUAACCCCUUCUUUCUUACUUUAACCGCUGCAAAAUUCUCUACUGACCCAGCGUCCCUCCCUUCCCCCCAGUACCUGGGGUCGGUGCCCGCGGGCACUUUUGGCAGAGGCCAGUGUUGGUUCAUUGUAAAAGAUGAGCCAGUCCAAAGGCCUAGUCCGAGCACAUGUAAUUCACUGGCACAUUCCUAUCCUGAAAAUAGCUUAGCACCAUGCAAUACAUGUGUUGAUGCUCCUUUCAUUAAAAGAUUAUUAUUAGAAAGCAAAAGCAAAAAAAGCAAACAAAAAAUUGCAACUGCUGUACAUAUGCUGAAAAACCACAAAAUGCAGUAACUACAGUCCAAAAAUCUUUCAGUGAAACAUUUCCAGAUACUUCUUACUGUAUAAUUUCUAAAACGUUUUGUUGUGUGUGCGUGGUUUUUUUUUUUUUUUAAGUGUAUUCAAUGUGAAAGCCUGCAGGUCUGGUAGCUUACAUUUGCAGUCCCUUCAGAUAGGACCCUGACGCAGGAAUGAAAGUAAUUGUUUUUAAAAGAAUAAGUUACAUAUUUAUUUUCUUGUUUAAGUUAUUUAUGCAAAAGUAUUUUUCUCAUAGAGAACAAAAAUUAAUAUUGCUUUAUGAAAUAACAGUUUGGUCUCUGAGGAUUUCAAAUGUAUUGUUAAUAAAGCCAACAGAUUAUUAAAGAAAGGA